GAUGUUUCCAACCUUUCAAGUGAAGAUAUCUGGCAUGGAUCCUAUGGCUGAAUAUAUUCUUAUGAUGGACUUUGUUCCAGUUGAUGACAAGAGGUACCGAUAUGCUUUCCACAGUUCAAGUUGGUUAGUAGCAGGUAAAGCUGAUCCUGAGAUGCCUGGAAGGAUCCAUGUUCAUCCAGAUUCACCGGCUCGUGGUGCAAUGUGGAUGAAACAAAUCGUAUCAUUUGAUAAACUCAAACUCACCAAUAACCUUCUUGAUGAUAAUGGACAUAUAAUCCUGAAUUCAAUGCAUCGAUACCAACCUCGAUUCCACGUUGUCCAUGUCAGCGGUAGGAAAGACUUUGAGAAUGCUCCAGAAAGAGAUUUCAAGUGUUUCAUCUUCUCAGAGACCCAAUUCACCGCUGUUACUGCUUAUCAGAACCACAGAAUAACACAGUUGAAGAUUGCCAGUAAUCCAUUUGCUAAAGGCUUUAGAGAGUGUGAUCCCGAUGACUGUUAUACCCCGUGCCGAGAUCUGGGGGUAGCUACAUCCAACUACAAGAACAGUUGCCCCCGCAUCAUCGAGAUACUGCCACAUGGCAAUGGGCCACGAGCCCGUAAUCACCACCGUCCAAGCUCGCUACAAAUUGUUGGUAUCACAAGGAGUCGUCCGGUACAAAGAUCCCAACAUCAGAACGACAUAACAGACCCUGAGAAACAGGUCACACCGUCCGUGGGUAACGCCAACACUCCACCCAUUGCUUCCACCGACAACGGCACCCCUGGUUUAGCCAACACAGGAGCUCUCAUCAACCCAAACACAACUGGUUUUCCUGACCUUGCAGCGCCUCCGUGCUCGAUGACCAACGGCACGAUCACGGGUGAUAGCACCUACUCCAGCUACCCUACCACAGACAGUCAGUACAACUAUGGUAGUUGUUAUUUUCGCCCCAACACAAGACCGACGCCGUAUACGCGAGAUAUGACUUCAUAUAUGCGGGACUCUCGUUAUUGCGCGAACGGUUUGACGUCAUACAUGGGCCGAACGAAUGGUCAGUUCCCUUACGAUCCGUCCGCGAUGACCAUGAUGGGUGGUAUUGACCCAAGGAGAAAUUACACACAGCCAAUGAUGUAGCAACGCCAUCUUGGAUAUUGCUGCAUGUUGAACUGUCUUUUGGUUGCCAUCUACAACAUCAUGAGAGCCGUCAUUUCAUAGUAACCAACUGGUCAAAAUUUUACCUUUGUUCUAUACAACGCGACUUAACACCAUGCAGCUUGCUGCAGUCAAACAUGGACGCCAUUUUGACCGUGCAUAUUUUUGGAAAUGCGCCAUUUUGAAAAGGCGGCAUGGAAAUUAACUUGUGGUCAGGGUAUGGAGAACUGUAUAACACUGACAUUACAGAAUAUUAUGAUUUUCGGAGUUUUAAGGAAAUAAGCUCUUGUCAUGUUUUCAUGUAUAUAUCGCUUGCAGAGGGAAUUGUUUUAUAGUGCUUUCAUUGUGUACAGUUCCAAUUGGACCAGAUCACGUGACUGCUUCGUAUUUCGGUGUGAUGACGUAUAUACAGAGGACGACGUCAUACAUCGAAUUUAGUACUGAUUAUGGGAUGUCCAUUACCACCCGGAGUUUGUAUUAUUUUCAUCUUUGGAUUGAGACAUAAAAUGUCGCCGCAAGUGAAAAAAAGAGACAAAUGUGAAUGACUUUAUCCUCAAAAUGACGCCAUAGGCAACAUGAUUUUGUUUCGUUGUCAAUGUAAAGAAUUUAAUAAUAUAGGUAUUGUGACAAGUAAGUUCUUGAAGAGAUGGAUUCUGUAAAUAAAGAGUUUGAUAAUGAUGAUGGGAAUAGUGAGACAGAACGGCUCGAUGGACCAUGAAGACUGGACAAAAAUGAAACGAUGAUAGAUAGUGAAUGGAUAAUGAUUUAUGGCCGGGAGUUUGGGAAGAGGUGCAACAUUUAUGAACUGAAUGAAAGUGCAGAAAUUGCUCCAGCUUUAAACAAUAAGGCAAGAUUAAAGGCAUGAUUGAAGGUAAAUUAAAUUGGUUAAAAUGAUUCAAUAACUAAUAAUGACAAUAACAUUUCUAUAGCGUCUUCUCUUGGAAAGGUACAAAACGCAACAAUGAAUAGUCUUUAUCGAAUAGAAAAUCAUGAAAAGUAGAUAAAAAGCCGUUUUGAGUGUAAUUACAUGAAGUGGGAGACAAUGAUUAUCAAACCAUCCUGCUUAAAAAUGAAUAAGGAAUACACAUUUACAUUUACCUUCCAUUACACUCAGAUUACAUGUGUUUAUAGAACCAGUGAUAUUUGUUGUAUUGACGUUGUAAUGUAUUCUAAGAACAAGGAGAGCUGUACCGUUCCCGCACAUGCCUGGUUUGGUUCGUUUGUCUUUUGCUUUAUUGAUAUCAGACUAGAUCUAUAAGGAGAUUCUCGUCUUUUUGUAUUAAGUCCAUGUUAACAAAUACAGUAAACAUUUGUAAUAAAUGAGUAAUCUUUAUCAAUUCAAUAAUAAAAUCAUCUAGGACCAUGGCAGUUUCCUUUGAUGCAUCGUAAAAGGAUCACAGUCAUUAAUUACCUAGUCUUACGUGCACUUCGCCUGUUGACAACAAUAUUAUAAAAAAAUGCUUAGCAACGUGUCUUAUCAAGUAUUUAUCACACACACAGAUAGACGACCCUCAGCUUGAAAGCUAGACCUUCAACUUUUAAAGCAAUAUAUAUAAUUUUAUCGAAAUCUUUAUCUUUUCAAACUUCUUUAUAAAUUCCAUGUUCCGAGAUAGUUUACAUGUUAAUUUAUUUUCUUAAUUUAAGGCUUUGUAUUCAUCAUGUGUUAUUCUUUAAAAAUAUUGUAGAGUUGAUAAAUUAAUAAUUAGUCAGAGACUGACAAUCUCCUAUUUUUGUUCAAAAUACACAAUCUAAUAUUAGAGAAAAAUAUGGAUAAAGAUAUGUGUCAAAUACUGGUUUUAAAAUGUCAUUCAUAUCAGAUGCAGUUUCAUUUUUAAAACGAAUAUUAAUAGGGUGUUAUUGACUAAUGUUCGUAGUGAACAUGUGUACGUAUGAUAUUGUCAGUCUCUGUGUUAUUAUGGAGCCCUGGUAAUUGUGAAAUAAAUUUACAUUAAAAUAAUAUA